CUUGCAUAUUUCAACAACAGGGGGCGCACUCCAACAUGGCGACUUACAUUAGACCGGCGAGGAAACGAAAAUGUAGUAAAACUAUUCAGGAACCCAAGCGUCUUGUCACACCAGGAGACGUAAUCACAUCCGACACUGAUUUUAUGAGAGGACAUGGAACUUAUAUGGAGGAAGACAAGCUCCAUGCAUCAGUAGCAGGGGUUGUAGAAACAGUCAAUAAGCUCAUCUGUGUAAAGCCACUCAAGACAAGAUACAAUGGUGAAGUUGGAGAUGUGGUCAUUGGCAGAAUAACAGAGGUAGGCCAAAAGAGAUGGAAAGUGGACACCAACUCCCGUCUGAACUCCGCCCUGAUGCUGUCUGCCGUCAACCUGCCUGGCGGGGAGCUGAGACGAAGGUCAGCCGAAGAUGAACUCCUGAUGAGGGAGUAUCUGGCUGAGGGUGACCUCAUUAGUGCUGAGGUGCAGUCAGUAUUUUCAGAUGGUGCUCUUUCAAUCCACACAAGAAGUCUGAAAUAUGGAAAGCUUGGUCAAGGCGUUCUGGUCACUGUCUCACCCUCCCUGAUCAAACGACGCAAGACCCACUUCCACAACCUAACCUGUGGUGCCAGCAUCAUCCUGGGCAACAACGGCUACGUCUGGAUCAGCCCCAUGGCGGGGGCCGAGGAGGAGGAGGGUGGGGGCUUCAUUCAGAAUCUGGAGCCUGUUCUACUUUCAGAUAGGGAGGUCAUGACCAGACUCAAGAACUGCAUUGUGGGAUUAGCUGAGUAUCGCAUGAUGCUGUACGACACGAGUAUUCUGUAUACCUAUGAGGCGUCACUAAAAUACACACUUGAAGAGCUUCUGAAACCAGAGCUCAUGGAGGAGGUUGUGGAAGACACAAGGCGGAGACUGGAACAAGAGACAUAGCAGAAAGCAGUCAACCAGAUAUGGAGAGCCAAAGAGGAAAAGAAACACGCCUCACAAAAAAAAAAAAAUAGUACACCAAAAAAUGAAACGAAAAAAAAUCAAAAGAGAAAAUUUUUUAAUCCCUUGAAUUAAGUAGCGUCCCACUAGACAUGCUUUCUUACUUUGUCUUAGGGCCAUUUCGACUAGCAUGGGUGUGCAUAAAAUACACAAUGCUCAUGUAUUUUCUUUUUGGGGUAAGAUAAACACAUUAUAAAGUAUUUGAAAAGAGUCAGCCGAAAUAUACGGUUUCACACAGCGAGUUACACCCAAUUUCGCUUGUACAGUACUCACAUCCUUGUCUGUCUGAUCAGUCCAUUUCAUCUCAUCAUGAUCAUCAAUGAUCACACCUGGACAUUUGGUUUUAUGAACCCUUUUGAGAACAAUGUCAUUUACCUCCACAUCUAGAGUUUUGCUCUAGAUCCUAUGAUCAUUACAAUGGUUUUAUCAUAAUUUAAAACAAGACGAUUUGUAUUCAGCCAGCUAGAGAUCUUCAUCAAGGCAAUAAAUAAUUUUUGUUCGAGACAACA